CUGCUCUCGAAGGCCCGCGCGGGCGUCGACGCGGGCUCGACGCGCGCUCGGCGUGGAUGCGGCGCGGAUUCGGCACGGAUCCGGCGAGUCCGGCCUGGAUUCGACGCAGAUUCAACGCAGGCAGGGCCGAGAGGGGACAGACAAAAGGUCCCCCGAGGAUGCAGCGUGAGGCCACUGCUGGGCCUCCCAGAUGGGGUCCGAGUGCGGUAGGCUCGUGUCUUGGGGGAAGGUGCAGGGCGGCACCUUCGGCACGAUCUACUUUGACGAGGCCUGCCCUCCGUUGGGCUUUCCGGCCGCAGUCCCCAGGCUCCAGAUCUUCCCCUGGAAUUAUCUGGCUAAUGAUUGUGCAGUUCCUCACUAUCGACCCACUAUAGGACGUCACUGGAUGACGUCAGCACGGAAGUGGAACAAGUAUAUUCACAGUUUGAUUGGAAAUUCUGCUUCUUCUGUGCCCUCAGAUGUCCGAGAGGAGAUCCAGAGACUCCUCCAGAAGACUGACGCCAGAUUAACUUCGAAGCUCGCCGCAAAGUCAUUGGACAAGCUGUGGUCUGCUCAGGGUUUUCGGACCCGCAUCCGGGCGCUGAAGACCAUGAAGGCCGGCGAGGUGCACAAAAAGUUCUUGGCCUUGACCCUCGAAGGAGGGAUAUCUAUUCCUGGGCAAAAAGCUGCCGCUACAGCCAGCGGGUCAGCCGAGCAGCAACCCAGACCUCCGGCCGCAGCUAAGGCGAAAGCAGCUGCCAAGCCGCAGGGCAAGGCCACGGCAUCCAAGGACGCCGACAAGCAGGAAGUGCCGGGCACGCUGGUGGCGACCCAGUGGCCAGGCCCUAUACUUACUUCUCGCCCUACGCGUGGUUCGCAGGGCGUACAUUUUUGCACACCGGACCAGGCAUGGUGGCUAAUGGGGGACUUCAAGACUGAGCCGAGUGCGACAGCCUUGGCCAUCGUUGUCCCUGGUGCGAAGAAGGAGCUCGAGGCCCUGGCCGACGGCCAGCUCUUCCAGACCAGCCACCCGUGCAAGGAGGUGACUAUCAUUGUUAAGCUCAAGGGCACCGACACCGAGGCCCCGAUGUCAGCCUGCGUCUGGCAGCUGUCGGGGGUGGCCGGCCCCACCAUCGAGAUCCUGCAGCAGGACCAUGCCGCUAUCGACAUUGAGGACGCUGUGCGAACGGCCAAGCACGUCGUCUGUCUUGCUGUCUGGGAGCAGCACGCGCCUGCUGAUAUUUGGUCUGCUGCCCUCAAGGCGCUGGGCCCCAAGGCAAAGGGGAAGGCGAAGGAGGAGCAGAUCGACGACUCCAGGGACCGGCACCGCACCUUCGUGGAGGCGUGGGUCCAGCAGGUCGACUCGAAUGCUAUCGUCUACAGGGCUUGGUCUCCCAAGCUCUUCGAGAAGUCGGGAGGCAAACGCUCCGUCAGCGUGCUCGCUGUGGUGACGGAAGAGACCUCCAAGACCCUCCGGGCCGGCAGUGGCAAGGAUGGCAAAUUUUGUUGGAUCGCCCACCUCGGCGACGCCACUGCCCAGGCCGCCGAGGACAAGGCGGCGCCGAUCGUGUGGUUCAAGAGCGGCACCGACCUUCCCGCAGCACUGGCUGUGAUGGAUACUCUUGACGGGCAGCGCGGACUCGCGCCUGCUCCCCAGCGCCUUGGCGUCCGAGUGGCAGCUGAACAUCAUGAAGCUGCCUCUCUGCGGAUCGUGGGGUCGCUCACGGCCCCUGGCCGCCAGAAGUCGUACACUGUACGGGGCGUCCCGCUGGAGUUGGACGGCGAGGCGUUGCAGACGGCCCUCGCCAAGCAGCCCUUCGGGUGGGAGGUCACCUUCGACCGCAUGUUCGAGACUCGCGUCGGCCGUGGGCCCUCCAGCCAGCUGCAAUUCUGCUGUGUGGUCCGUGCGGCUGCGCCGCCGCCGAAGCCACACGUCCGGCUCGGCACCCACUUGUGCACCAUCGCGGAGGUGAUCAAGCCCUCCAAGGGCCAGAGUCGCGGCAGCGCCGACCCCAAGUCGGCCGAGCCGCCUGCGGAUGACCUCAUGGGCGGAGGUGCAGCCGAACUACCGGAAGCUGAGGCCGCAGGCACUGCAGCACCUGCAGAAGCCGCACUCGCCAAGGCUGCUUCUCCGGCCUCCCAGCGCGUGGCGGCCGCUGCCAUGCAGGUCAACCCCGCGGCCAUGGAGAUGCUCCGCGGCCUCGUGACGGAGGAGGUUGCCAAGCAGGUGCGCGCCGCCAGCGCGGCCGCCCAGGCCUCCGCCGACGCAGCCGCGGCAGCUGCCACCGCUGCCACGGCUGCGGCCACCCAGUGCCAGUCGGACCUCGCCGCCCUGCAGGCUAACAUGGUCACACCUGCAGCUCUGUCCGACUCCCUGGCCAGCAACAGCAAGACGUUGAUGGACGGGCUGCGCGCCAUGCUCGCGCAGAACCAGCAGCAGGGCGGGGCGCCUGCACCAUCAUCGCCGUGCGGGGCGCCUGCACCAUCAUCGCCACCAGCGGCGGCACUUCCAAAGGGGCCACCAAAGGCAGCAGCGCCCCCGACGUUCUUGUGCCCGGGGCCUACCAGGGGUACCAGAGGCCGCUCCUGUACAUACAUUUUCUUCUUCUUGCAAUGGUUUGCUGGUGUCGACGCUGCGGCACAUCCACUGUUCACCAUUCAGACUGCUAAUGUGACGUUUGCCUCGGGGCGUGCCCCCGUGCUCGCCGCAUGGGCAAAGCAGGCCCACAUCACAGCUGUCCAGGAGACCAAGCUGGGCAGCAAGGCGCAGGUUGACUUCGCUAGCGACCUGAAGGCCUCCGACUCGGACAUCUGUGUCUAUUUCGGCGCUCCGAGCCGCCAUAGCGCUCAGCGUUGUGCCACGGCCGGCCUGCCCUCGGGGCGACUUCCCGGCGGCCGGCACCGCGAGACUCGUACGAGCCGCAACGUGACCAACUCUGGCGUCGCCCUGCUCACCAGAUCAUCGUUGGCUGUGGUGCCACACGCGCCCGAUUCCGCUGGUGAGCGAGCCCUCACCGAGUCCGCCCGGUGGAAAGCCGUUUGCCUCCCCGGUGUUGCCCACAUCGCCACCUUCUACGGCAUCAGCGGCGUCCGCCCCUACCGGACGGGGCUCGACUUCACCGCCAACGAGCGGCACCUGCGUGCGGUUUUCGCGUGGGGGGAGGCCCAAGGAGGCCGGCCAGUGAUUAUUACAGGUGAUUUCAACACCGAUGCUGACGCCAGCCCCGUCUUGGCCGCCGCCCUCAGCACUGACAGGUGGUACGACUGCGGCGCCUCCAUGGGGGACGUGAGCCCUACGUAUUAUCGUUCAGAGGCGGAUCGUCAUGCAGGAGUCGGUGGCUCGCGAAUCGACCUCAUCAUUGUGAAUGCGGCUGCACAUGCGGCCCUCCGGCGAUUCCGCCGGGCAGAUUUUGCUGUUCCGCUUCACUGUGCCCUCGCAGCGUCCUUCGACUUCGGUUCCCUGGCCAGGGAGCGCUGGAUCGUCCUCGCCCCUGCACCGCUCGGGGUCAGCGCUCUUGCCCGAGACGACAUCGACUCCGAGGACCCGAAGGAGACUGCUGCGGCUGUCUGGGCUGACGUCGAACCGCAGUUCUAUGCAGCCCUCGGGGCGGCUGCUUCGGCACCUGCCGAGGAGGCCCAAGCGCUGGUCAACAAGGCCAUGACGCUCUGGAGUGACGCGGCCCAGCUCUACCUCCGACUACGCGUGGGAGACGUCACGGGCGUUGUUCCUCCUGAUGACGGUGCGCGUCGCUGCCGAGCCCCACGCUUUCAGAAGCAGCGCACUGUUGCACCAUAUCUUCAUAAACGGCCUGAGCUGGGCGCUGCUACGCAACCCAUGCUGCAGGCAGAGAAACUUUUGCGGUGCUUGCGACAGCUCCGCGCCAAGCAGAGGAGGAUCAAUUUAGACAAGUUGGACCUCCGGCGCCUUGGCGACGCGGCGGUCCCGACCACCAACACCGCCAAGCAGUCCGUGUCCUCGCCGUUCUGGGUCGAGUACUACAACCUGCUCGGCAACACGCGGAUCCUCCUUCGCCGCUUGGAGGGCCCGCCGGCGGGACCAGAUGAUGAGGGCACAACGCGCCUCCACCUGGCCAACGUCGACCUGGGGACCUGCACAGGCAUUUUGGCAGCAGAGGAGACCACAGAUCGGUACAUCCUUGACUUGGCACAUGCGCGCCGGCAGCUUCGGUGUCGGCGCUGGGCUGACAAAAUGCACGCUGCCACCAGCGGCCGCGCCUCCGCCCCACUCUUCCGCCACAUCAAGCAGGCUGGGGGGGUCCAGGAGAAGGUUGCCCGCCACCUGCGGCGCCCCGACGGCUCCCUGACCGUGGACCCCCUUGAGAUGCACAAGAUGUGCAAGGAGACCUGGCACGCCAUUUUCAACAUCUGGCAGGCUGGGCCUGCAGCGGGCGGUCCUGACCACGUUCUGCCUGCAGCUCCCUCUUGGGAGAACUACUUGCACCAGCUCCGGGACCACAUCCCUACGGCCACAUGCACAUUCCCGGAGUUCGACGAGCACAUGCUGCGUCGAAAGAUUGCCUCCAUGGAUGGGCAGAGGGCCGCAGGCGUGGAUGGAUGGAGGGCGCGCGAGCUGAAGUGCCUGCCUCGCCUGCUCCUCCGGCCGUGGGCGGAUUUUUUCAAUGCCUUAGAACAGCAUGAUCUCCCAUGGCCUUCUGUUAUCGAUUAUGUGCGAGGGACAUUUCUAGACAAAGGAGAGGGCGGGGCCCCGGACAAACUUCGCCCUAUUCGCAUUUUCUCUGUCUUUUAUUGUCUGUGCACAGGCAUCCGAUUCGAUGACACGAACACCUGGAGAGAGGCCAUCAUGCCAGCCAGCAUGCACGGAGCUCGGAAGGGUGCCACUACCCAUGAUGUUCUCCUUCCGACGGCUGCUGCUGCGGAGUAUCACGACAUCCAGGGCACGGCGUUUGGAGGUGUCUCUCUUGAUCGUCGGAAAUGUUUUGACAGAUGGGUUUGGCACAUUUCUUUUCAGCUCUUGGAGUACAUGGGGAUCCCCACUCCUCUCCUGAAGGCGGCGCAGCGGCAGCUUCACGUCCAGAAGCUGUUCUUCGGCAUCGGCGGCGCCAUCAGCGACUUCUACCAGCUCUCCAACGGCUUCGGCCAGGGCGACUCCUUUGCCAUCCUUGUGACCACGGCGCACAUGGCAGUCUGGACGCGGCUGGUUGAGGCUGGCGGGCUCUCUACAGGGGGAUUUUUCGACGACUCCCACCUCGCAGCCACGUCCGCCAGUCUCAUUCGGGAGGGCGUCUCCCGGUCCCUGCUGUUCGACGAGCUGAGCGGCCAGCAGACCAACAUGGACAAGACAGUCGCUUUCGGCACCUCGGCAGAGUUGACAGGUGAGCUGGGGCAGAUUACGAUCAAUGGCACGCCCUUGCGCAUCACUGCGGUUCUGCACCUUCUCGGCGCGUACCUGCCCAUCUCCCCGGGCCCCGAGGACGACAUGAGCAUAUGCGCGGCUGAUCGCUACACGUCUGCCUUCAACUCGGUGCGCCGCGUAGCGACGCUGCCGGUAGAUUUUGGGACGAAGUGCCAGCUCAUCAGCACCGGUGCGCUGUCCAAGCUCUACGGGAUGGAGUACUCGACGCCCUCGGAGAAGCAGCUGACGGCUCUUGGCACGGCCGUCCUGGACGCUGCGUGGGGGGACGGCCGGUAUGCACGCUCCCGAGCCGUAUUCUUUACGGUACUCACCAGAGGGCACAUGUUGGACCCCUGGCAGUGCUUGCGCUACAACACCAGACGGACUUGGCUCCGCUAUCUUCGCAGCUCCGCCGCGGGCCUGCGACAAUUUACGGCUGUUCGUUCCCUCCUGGUGGCAGGCGGCUCAGGGUCCUUCCAGGGGCCCACAGCGGGACUCUUGCAAUACUUCGAGGAUAUCGAAUGGAAUCUGUUCAACGUAGACAUCCUGAUCACCCACAGUGGCGAGCCGAUCCGCUGGUUGGAAAAGCUCCGCCCAGACAUGCCUGAGCUCCAGCACGGGGCUGCCGUGGUCGACGUCGACGCCUCUGCUGCACUCCUGCGGGCGCCCACGAAGCUUACGAAGCUGCAGCGGGGCAUUCUGCGGACGUAUCUUGCGGGGGCGGUGAACACGCAGGACCGCCUCGGCGCCAUCACCGAGGAGACCCUCAGGAGACGAACCCGCGGUGCUGCCGCUGCCGCCCCCGGGCCUGCGGGAGCCGGAGGCGAUCCGCCCGCGCCCGCUAGCCUGACCAGGGUGUGUCAGCUCUGCGGAGAGGAGGUGGAGACCACAGACCACAUCCUCGAGCGCUGCAGCCACCCCGCCAUUGUGGCCGCCAGGGAGGAGUGGACCACCCCAGACCUCCGCGAGCUGGGCCCCUCGCUGCCCACCUGCACGCGGCUGUGCGGCUUGGCAGUGGAAGAUCCGCGCGAUGAAGCAGCGCGGCUUGCACUGCCGCCCGUGCAGGGCCACGGCGAGCCGCCGCCGCGCCUGGAGACCGACGACGCCGUAGAGAUCUUCACUGCGGAUGGCUUCCUCAUCGCAGCUGGGGACGGCGCGUGUCAUCAUCAGCAUCUUCCCCUUGCUCGGCGAGCAGGGUUUGGAGCAUUCUACGGCCACAACCACAGCGCCAACUUCGGCCUCCCCUUGUGUGGCUGUGAGCAGACCGCCCAGAGAGCCGAGGUCGCGGCAUGUGCUCGUGUGCUGGCGCACAGCUGGCGGCCCACAGAGUAUUGGACGGACAGUGAUCUCGUAUUCUUGGGAUUCGAGCGCCUGCUGGCCGGACUCCGGCCCUCCCCAGAGCAUUGUGAUCUCUGGGCCAACAUUGCCACCGCUUAUCAUGCCAAAGGGGGUUCCGACCAUUUCCGUGUACGCAAAGUGCGAGGUCACGACCAGAAUUGGGAGGCGGAGGACCCAGACAACCCUACGGAUGAUGAGCGGCAGCGCAUGCUGGAAGCCCUCAUGAAUGCUGGGGCCGACAGGCGUGCCGUCGCGGGCUCGGACCAGCACGCGCCCUGCGACGACCUGGUCCGCAGGGUGGCUGUCCGUGCCACCGUGACGCGUGCCGUUCAGCGGCGUGCUGUGGCCAUUCUGGAGGCCCGCGGGCUGCUGCUGGAGGAGGCCGGCCGCACGCCCCACCAGCAGAUGCAGUCGUGGCAGCAGGCCCAGGCAGGGGGCCAGCUGCCGGCCGACCAGCAACCAGGAGCGGGGGAAGAGCGACCCCCACCUGGUGCUGGGGCUCCUGAGGCGCGGGCUGGUGCUGAGGCCGGCCUCGACGCUGGGGCUGGAGCUGGGGCUGGUGCUGGCCUCGACGCCGCCCUGGUGGAGCAACGCCACUUCCCGGAGUAUCCGUGGGAACCGAUUCCCAUUGUGGGGAACACGCGCCCAGACCUGACCGAGGCGCUCCCACCGCUGCUCAACAGGACUGCUCUGAAAUCAGGUAUCGGCAUAUGCACACAUUGGCGAUACCCUGAUGCCAUGCUUCUUUCUCUGCACUGGUACUGGUCCACGCUGCAGUUUCCUGUGUCACCGCAGCCCGGUGACGUCGGAGCCACCUUCCUAGAGCUGGCCCUGGACUACAUGUACGCGACACAUGUGGUCCCGCAGGAGGCGAAUGCAGCAGGAGUCCCGAAGGCGCACCGGUUGCAGGAAUACUUUGCGUCUGCCUCCCGCCGCCUGGCGCAGAUCUGCCGCUCAACGCGCCUUCUUGCACGCCUCAAGCCAGGCGGCUGGAAUGCCCCGUCGCGGAGGGUGCUGGCGGCGCGGCGUCUGGAGCUCCCAGACCUCCACGGAGUCCCAGUCCGCCCCCGAUUGCUAUGCCCACAGCAUGUGGCUACGGCUAUGCUGCAUAUUGCUCGGCUGAACGGCAGCAGCCGCACCCAGCCCAAGCAGAUGCCACAGGUCACCGUCGGCAGUCUCCCGUACCCCCUGUGGUCCCCUCCAGGAUCCGACGGGCCGGCUGCCCAGCCACUGCAGGGCGAGGCGCGAGGCUCUGCGCCUGCCAUGCCACGGCGCCGUGGCCCCAGCCAGGGAGCCACGUUCGCUGAGCUGCUCCAGGUUGCGUGGACACCUGAAGAGCAGCAGGCGAUUGCAGUUGCAGUUGCAGCUGUGUCGGCGCAGGGCGAUCGCUUCGGGCAGGCGAUCCGCCGACAAAAGGAGCGGGAGAUGAAACGCCUCCUGCACAACAGGACUGCGGUGGCUGAGCAGCGCCACGUUGUCCUGCCUCUCGGUGGCCGGCAGGGCCAGUGCCUCCGCUGCGAGCACUGCGACCGGACGGCCGUCGCCGACUCGUUCGCCUCUUUCCUGAGGGAGCGCUGUCUCGGCCGGGAGGCGCCUCAGACCAACCGCCAGGCCCAGAUCCAGCGGGCCAAGCGGGAGGACCGCAUCGAGACGCACAAUCAGCAGGCGGAGGCCGAACAGAGACACCACCUCGGCCUCCAGCUCCAUCAGGGCAAGGAGCUGCUGCAGUGCAGUCGGUGCAAAGAGUUCAUGCCUAUGGACGGCCGCGGUGCGUUCCCGGCCAUGACUACUGAGAGCUGCAUCCUCCUGCUGCCCGCGGCGGAGCAGCCAGCAGCCCUGGCACGGCGCCAGGCCAGAUAUGCCCAGAUGCGUGCCCUCGGCGUCGAGCCGCUGGCCUCUGCCUCUGCUGGGCUCCCCGACACUUGCUUCGUGUGCUACACGUGGCGCGGCCGCGCCGUGUCGAGGGGCAGGACAGCCACCCUGCGUGCCCUGGCCGGCGCCGCUCUGGCGAUGCUGUCGGUGGGCGCCACCGCGCGGCGCGUGGCCCGCAGGGGCGUCGUGGAGGGCGUGGCGGAGCAGUUCUGCUACCUGACGCAGUGGGGCGUCAUGCUCAUUCGGCCGCCUACUUCUUGGCGGCCUGGCUGGUAUCGCGGGGCUCGGGGCCAUCGGGCAGCCAGUUGCACGAUUCGUCUCGGUGUGGGAUUACUCUGGCUGUGCCUUGCAGGCGGGCUUUGGCGCGCCUGCAAGCACUCGCAGUCUGCUUUGAGGUGA